GCACGAACCCAACCAGAGCACAUUGGAUCCCCCGUUCCCCCGAACCCAAGGUCCAACCAACCGCAAACUGCAAACAUAUCACGCUCCCUAUUUUAGUACCACCUCGCGAACCGGAACGCAUCGCGUCCGAUAAAAAACUCGUCGCCCCACACCGCGCGGCACUCGGAGCUCAGCUCGCACGGCACGGAACGGAACACAACCCUCCCUGUGUCUCUCUCCCUGAUGCGCCGCCCCCCAUGCGGCGGCCCCGACCCACUUAGCCCGCGGCGGCGGAUGCUGCGGCGGCGGCGGCGGCGAUGAAGCGGCCGCUGCGGCGCCCGUUCGCGGUGCUCCUCUUCGUCGUGCUGUGCGCCGCGGCCUCGUUCCCCUCCGUGUUGCGCAGGUCGGUGGGCCCGGCUCCCGUGCUCGCGCCGCUGCCGCCGCUUGAUCCCGCGCGCCUCAACGCCACGCUCCUCCGCCUUGCCGCGGCCGAUCCAUCGGAGGCGCCGCUGCGCCGCGACGUGGACGACCUCCUCGAGGGCCGCCUCCCGGCGUCGUCCGCGCGCGCCCGCGCGUGGCGCCUCCGGGGCGACAGGCUCCACCUUCACCUCCGCCACCACCAGUUCCCCGUCUACCGGCGCGGCCACCACCCGGAUCACGACCACGACCCCCUCCUCCACCCGCUCCCGCGCCAGGAGCUCCACCUCGACCCAUCCCUCCGCCGCGCGCUCCGCUCCUGGCACCGCCUCCGCCGGCACGACCCCGGCGUCCUCCGCAAUCUCCCUUCCCUCCUCUCCCUCCCCGGCCGCAUCCCCUCCUGCGCCGUCGUGGGCAACAGCGGCAUCCUCCUCGGCGCCAGCCACGGCGCCCUCAUCGACUCCCACGCCGCCGUCUUCCGCCUCAACAACGCCCGCAUCUCCGGCUUCGCCGCCAACGUCGGCGCCAAGACCAACCUCUCCUUCAUCAACAGCAACGUCCUCCAUCUCUGCGCCCGCCGUCCCAACUGCUUCUGCCACCCCUACGGCGACGGCGUCCCCAUCCUGCUCUACAUCUGCCAGGCCGCGCACUUCCUCGACGUCGCCUCCUGCAACGCCUCCUCCCGCUCCCUCCACGCCGCAUCCAUCUCCGUCACCGAUCCACGCCUCGACGUCCUCUGCGCGCGCAUCGUCAAGUACUACUCGCUCCGCCGCUUCGUCGCCGAGACGGGGCGCGCGGCCGAGGAGUGGAGCAGCACGCGCGACGCGGCCAUGUUCCACUACUCGUCGGGGAUGCAGGCCAUCAUGGUCGCCGUGGGAGUGUGCGACAGGGUGAGCGUGUUCGGGUUCGGGAAGGCGGCCGACGCGAAGCACCAUUACCACAGCAACCAGAAGGCGGAGCUGGACCUCCACGACUACAAGGCGGAGUACGCCUUCUACCGCGACCUCGCCGACCGGCCGGAGGUAGUCCCCUUCCUCAACGACGCCGGUAUCGCCGUCCCGCCCGUCGUGUUCUACCAUUAGAGCGCGUGCGCGCAAGGUGCUCGACGUUAUGCCACUUUUUUCCGGUGGAGGAUUGUGUUGUAUUAGUGGCUCAGUGUAAAAUGUUGCUUCGUAAGGUGGGUUAUUUUUUGUGAUUAGAUUGAUAGACGAAUUGAAAUAGUAGCGAAAUUUUGAUAUGAUGGUGGGAUUGGAGGUGUGUACUAAGCAUUAGGAUCCCUCCAUUAGCAUACGAGGACGAUUUCUUCCGCUUUUGGCACUGUAACUGUAAUUUAGACUGAUCUUUCUUCGUAAUUUCAUGAAGAAUCAAUUGUACAUCUUCUAUACAGCCUUGCUGCAACUUUGCUCUCCAUGUUUCCCAAAUGGCAAAUACAACUUUAGCUUUGCAUUGUGUCA